ACCACUACUAGUCAAAUUCUCACAUUUUCCUUAUAUAGAUUUUCAUCAUUUCAAGAUUUAUAAUCUUAGAUGAUAAUCAAAUUUCAUUAUUGAUAAACCCACCCAAUUUGCUGUUUAUUGCUUGAUACCACAACUGGGUUUCUAUAAAAACUACUCGUAAAAAAGAACAAUACUUUAUUGAAAAAUACGUGACACCCACAAAAAAAGAUUGAAUCUUUUGCUGGUUGUUUAUUUCUGCACUCCAAGUGUUUGAUCAAUUGCGUGAGUGAGAUUGUUUUUUUUUAUAUAUAUAAACAGUAGUGGGUGAGGGGGCCUAUAUAUAUAUUGUUGAAUAGAAAUAGAAAGGGAAGGUGAGAACGAAAGAUGACGAUAGAAUCGUUUCCAGGGAGUUCAGGGUAUAUAGAUGCCGGUGUUGAUAAGAAAAUUACUUAUUUUAGUAAUUCAUAUGUUUUGGGUUUGACUGUUGUUGCUGGUAUUGGUGGUCUUCUUUUUGGUUACGAUACUGGAGUUAUAUCUGGGGCCCUUCUGUACAUCCGUGAUGAUUUUGAGGCGGUCGAAAAAAGUAGUCUCUUACAGGAGACGAUUGUUAGCAUGGCUUUAGUCGGUGCAAUGAUAGGUGCUGCUGCUGGUGGGUGGAUAAAUGAUGCAUAUGGGCGUAAACGAGCCACUCUUCUUGCAGAUGUUGUUUUUGCUGUUGGUUCUUUGGUGAUGGCUGCUGCACCAGACCCAUAUGUACUUAUACUUGGGAGGCUCUUAGUUGGGUUGGGUGUUGGAGUUGCAUCGGUUACUGCUCCAAUGUAUAUUGCAGAAGCAGCUCCAUCUGAAAUACGGGGUGGUCUUGUAAGCACCAACGUGCUUAUGAUCACUGGUGGACAGUUUCUUUCUUACCUUGUUAAUCUUGCUUUCACAGAGGUUCCCGGGACAUGGCGGUGGAUGCUUGGAGUAGCUGCAGUGCCAGCUAUUAUUCAGUUUUUCUUGAUGCUAUUGUUGCCUGAGUCUCCACGCUGGCUGUACAUGAAGAAGAGCAAAUCCGAUGCCAUUGUCGUGUUGUCAAAAAUUUAUGAUCCAUAUCGGUUAGAUGAGGAACUUGACCAGCUUGCUAAUGCGUUAGAAGAAGAAAACCAACGCAAGAUUGCCAUCAGUUACCUGGAUGUGUUCAGAAUAAAAGAAAUAAGACUUGCAUUUAUUGCUGGAGCUGGCCUCCAGGCAUUUCAACAGUUUACGGGGAUUAACACUGUCAUGUAUUACAGUCCAACCAUAGUUCAGAUGGCUGGUUUCAGUUCAAACCAAUUAGCCCUUCUGCUAUCCCUCAUAGUUGCAUUAAUGAAUGCAGCAGGCACAAUCGUUGGAAUCAAUCUAAUUGACCAUUUCGGCCGCCGAAAGUUGGCCCUGAGCAGCUUAUUCGGCGUAAUUCUCUCUUUAAUACUCCUCUCAGCGGCAUUCUUCCUCGAAUCAUCAGGUGUUGCCAAUGUGGGUUGGAUGGCAGUUCUUGGUCUAGCCCUUUAUAUUGCAUGUUUUGCUCCGGGUAUGGGCCCGGUUCCUUGGACUGUGAACUCGGAAAUAUAUCCCGAGUCUUAUAGAGGAAUUUGUAGCGGAAUGUCCGCCACUGUAAACUGGAUAUCAAACUUAAUAGUAGCUCAAAGUUUUCUUUCAGUUGCUGAUGCUGUUGGAACUGAUUGGACUUUCUUGAUUUUGGCUUUUAUUGCUGUUCUGGCUUUUGGGUUCGUGUUUAUGUUUGUACCCGAGACCAAAGGGUUGACUUUUGAGGAAGUAGAGGCGAUAUGGAAGGAGAAAGCUUGGGGAAGUAGUCAUGGUUCGGAAUCACUUCUAGAAAAGGGAGAGGAAGCGUAAGUGUGACCGGACUGGCGUACCCACGUAUUUCGGGUUUGCCUGUGGGCAUAGUGUGUUAGCCGAUUUUAAUGGCCAUUUUGCUUGCAAAAAUGUAUAGGUGUGUUUUAUGGUCAAAUAUAAGAUACGUUAUUCAAUUUAGCAUGAAUUUUUGAGGUUUGUACAUAGAAAAUAAACUCUGUAACAAGACAAAUAGUGAUAGGUAUGAAGGAACAAAAAAAACUACACAAAGAGAACCUACUGUUAGCCUGUUAUGAUUUACUUCAGUAAAAUGAAGCCCUUUUAAUUCAAAUGGAAUUUCGUACA